GAAAAAAAAAACAGCAUAACAAAAGCUAGGGGCUCUCGCCGUUCCAGACUGGCGCCGCGCCGCCGGAGCUCUCGCCGAGCCCAGCGCCUCCCACCUAUCGUGGCCCCCCGUCUCUUCCUCGUCUCGCGUCAUCCCCGACUUGGCGCCGACAUCCUGGCGCGAGGUUGGCCUCUCGCCGGAAGGCGAGAGAGACGGCGGAGCAGGGUCGCCCAAAUCUCAUGCGGCCAUGUCCUCCCGUGCCCGCCUCUCCUCCAUCUUCCGCACCACAGCGUCCUCAGCGUCACCACCGCGCGCUCCCCACCUCGCCCUGGCCGCCGCCACGGAGCGCGUGCGGUCCGGGACGUUCGGCCCGGAGGACGCACGCCACCUGCUCGACGAAUUGCGGCGGCGAGGCACCCCCGUUCCCGAGCGCGCGCUGAACGGAUUCCUCGCCGCCCUCGCGCGCGCGCCGCCCUCCACCGCCUGCAGCGACGGGCCUGCGCUCGCCGUCACUUUCUUCAACGGCAUGUCACGAGCUGCCGGCCCAAAGGUUCUGUCGCUCUCAUCCCACACCUACGGCAUCCUCAUGGGCUGCUGCACCCGUGCGCGCCGCCCGGAUCUAGCGCCUGCCUUCUUCGGCCAGCUCCUCAGGACAGGGUUGGGCGUCGAUGUCAUCACAUUCAACAACCUCCUCAAGGGCCUCUGUGAAGCAAAGCGGACUGACGACGCUUUGGACGCGCUGCUCCACAGGAUGCCCGAGUUGGUCUGUGUGCCCAAUGUUGUCUCCUACAACAUACUUCUGAAGAGCUUCUGCGACAACAGAGAGAGUCGGAGGGCACUUGAAUUGCUCCGGAGGAUGGCUGAGAAGGGAUCUGGCUGCUCGCCCGACGUGGUCUCAUACAACACGGUCAUUGAUGGCUUCUUUAAGGAGGGUGAAGUUGAUAAAGGAUGCGAUCUAAUAAAUGAAAUGAUGCAGCAGGGGAUUUCACCCGAUCUAGUGACUUAUAACUCCAGUAUUGAUGCACUAUGCAAGGCAAGAGCAAUGGACAAGGCAGAGGCGGUCCUCCGACAAAUGGUUCGUAAAGGUGUUCGUCCGGAUAACUGGUCAUAUACUAACUUGAUCUUUGCAUAUUCCGCUAGGGGUGAGUGGAAUGAGGCGGUCAGGAUAUUCAAAGAAAUGACUAGUCGGGGACUCCUACCAAAUAUUGCUACGUGGAACUCGUUAAUGGCUUCCCUUUGCAAGCAUGGAAAAAUUAAGGAAGCUAGAGAUGUUUUUGACUCGAUCGCAACGAAGGGCCAGGAGCCUGAUACUGUCUCAUACCUAAUUCUGCUUGAUGGGUACGCUACUGAAGGAUGCUUUGUUGAUAUGACAGACCUCUUCAAUUUGAUGCUAGGAGAUGGUGUUGCACCUGACGUCCGUAUUUUCAAUGUACUGAUCAAGGGAUAUGCUAAAUGUGGAAUGCUGGAUCGGGCUAUGAUUAUCUUCAGUGAAAUGAGGCAUCAAGGAGCAAAACCUGAUGUGGUAACCUAUUUGACAGUCAUAGCUGCACAUUGCAGGAUGGCUAAAAUGGACGAUGCUAUGGAAAUAUUUAAUGAAAUGAUUGAUCAAGGAGUAGCACCCAGUAUAGCUACUUACCAGUGCCUGAUUCAGGGUUUUUGUACUCAUGGUGGUUUGCUGAAAGCUAAGGAAUUGGUUUUUGAAAUGACGAGUAAAGGCAUGCGUCCUGACAUUGUGCACUUAACUUCAAUAAUAAACAGCCUUUGCAAAGAGGGAAGGGUAGUGGACGCACAGGAUAUAUUUGACUUACUUGUAAGUAUCGGUCUGCAUCCUGAUGUUUUUGUGUAUAGUUCGCUGAUGGAUGGAUACUGCCUAGUUGGCAAGAUGGAGAAAGCAUUGAGAGUAUUUGAUGCUAUGGUGUCAGCUGGCAUUGAACCUAAUGUUGUAGUGUAUGGCGCACUUGUUAAUGGCUAUUGUAAACUUGGAAGGAUUGAUGAUGGGUUGACUGUUUUCAGAGAAAUGGUGCAUAAGGGAAUCAAGCCCUCAACUUUUAUGUACAACAUUGUACUGGAUGGGUUAUUCCGGGCUGGGAGAACAGUUUCUGCAAAGGAAAGAUUCCAUGAAAUGAUCGAGAGCGGGAUCUCAGUGGGCACUGACACAUACAACACCGUUCUUAGUGGACUUUGCAAAAACAAUUGCCCUGAUGAAGCAAUUGCGCUUUUCAAGAAAUUACAAGCGAUGAAUGUAAAGAUUAAUAUUGUGACUAUUAAUAUUAUGAUUAUUGUAAUGUUCAAAACUAGGAGAACUGAAGGAGCUAAGGAUCUGUUUGCUUCUAUCCCUGCAAGUGGGCUGGUGCCUUCUGUUGAGACUUAUGAUUUAAUGAUGACAAAUCUUAUUAAAGAAGGGUUACCGGAAGAGGCAGAUGAUGUCUUUUUAUCCAUGGAGAAUGCUGGCUUUGAUCCCAACUCUCGACUGCUGAAUCAUGUGGUCAGGGCGUUGCUAGAGAAACACGAAAUAGUCAGGGCUGGAACUUAUCUUUCUAAAAUUGAUGAGAGAAACUUCUCUCUUGAAGAUUCAACAACAAUGUUGUUGGUCGAUCUCUUCACAAGCAGAGGGACAUGUCAGGAACAGAUAAAAUAUCUCCCAGAAAAGUAUCAUUUUCUUGCAGGAGCUGGUUCUAGUUGAUUGUUAAAUCAUAUUCAUUCAGCAGAUCCAGCAAUGUUGAUCAGACUCCCCAAUGCUAUACAAGGAAGAUGGAAGAAGCAAUGGUGCUGCGCCGGCAAGGUGGCUGCGGUCAGUUCGUGGGGCUUGCUCUUGGCAAGUUCAACUCGCUGCUCAUCACCUCUACCGACCUCUUCUCCGAGCUCACCCACAAAGGUGCACACACCAUCGCUGUCUCUGUUCUCGUGUGGCAACAGCCAUGAUAGUGUACAUUGCUUCCCAAAGUAGGAACUGGUUUUUCAUUGAGCACAGCCGUGCUGAAAAAUUACAGGAUUUUGGCCAUAUCUCUACUACAUAAAAGGUGGGGCAUUUCAACUAGCUUAGAUUCAGUUACACCACAAGUUGCUCAUGCUUGGCUGAGAUACAAGCAUUUGACUGUUGCUGCUUUAAUUGCUAAGCUAGCUUGUUUUUUUUCCUCCCACAGAAUAUGCUAGAAAAUGGUACCAUGUUCACACAAUAAAUAUUUGUGAUUUGAUUAUGGGGGCGGAAUCCAGAAUUGUGAAGAAAAGGCUGAAUUUGUGGUUUACUUCAGGUAUCAUGUUAUCAUGUAUAUGUGCUUGUGUACCUGAUAGGAUCAGGCGUAUAUGCCUGGGGAUGUUGCCGGCCAUCCAGCCGUGCAUAUCUCUGAUUGAUUGGGAGGUUAGGCAAGGAUAUCCUCGGUUGGUUCUGCUUCUAUAAAUCUUCCCUAGGAUCUCCUUGCCUAUUUAUAUCUGUACUCUUCCUUCUCCUAAAUCAAUCUACUGUUGCAAUCCUUGUUGCUUUCAUAUCAAAAGCACAAUUGUGAAGAUAAGACGAAAUUUGAUGUUGCCUUUCA